AUGAUUCCUCCAUGUAAUACCAUUGAAGAGCUUUACAUUCCAUCAACCAUUGAAGAGCUCAAAAAGGUAAUAGCCCAAACCAGCUCUGGAAAAGCCCCAGGUCCCAUCAUGCUUCAAACAUUCCUUCACCUCCUGCUGGACAUCUGGGAGGAAGAAGCCAUUCCAAGUGACUUGAGAGAUGCCACAGUUAUUUCUCUGUACAAGAACGAAGGCAGCAGAACCGACUGUGGGAUUCAUCGCGGGAUUUCCCUACUGUCCAUUGCCGGGAAGAUCCUGGCCUUAAUCAUACUAAACAGAUUAGUGACAAGUAUCUCUGAAAAGAACUUGCCAGAGUCUCAGUGUGGCUAUCAGCCAGACCGCAGCACCAUCAACAUGCAAGAAAAGUGCACGGAGCAGAACAAGAAUCUGUAUGCUGUGUUUAUUGACCUCACCAAGGCCUUUGGCACAGUAAGCAGAGAUGUCGUGUGGAUUAUUGUCCCCAAAUAUAGAAGUCCCAGAAAUUUUCACGGUAUAUACAUCAAAUACAGGUUGGAUGGCUCGUUCUUUGACCUUCGCCGUUUCAAUGCGAAGUCGAAGAUCAGGGAGCGCUUCAUCAUUGAAGCCCUAUUUGCUGAUGACCUUGCUCUCAUGGCACACUGCGAGAAUGAUCUCCAGCUGAUUGUAAACCAGUUUACAGUUUUUUCGCCUUUUUGGAUUGACUAUCAGCGCUGUAAAGACUGA